AUGGCAGGGGGAGAUUUGAGAGACUCAUCGACCACAACAACACAAGGACGUGAAGCAAGGGCGCGGGAAGCCUCGACAAUUGCAUUGAAUCCGAUGGAUAACUUUCGGGUUCCUACUCCUCCGCCGCACGAGGAACCUUUGCCGUUAUCGGAAGCCCUAGGAGUGCAGAGAGGUCCCAAUGUUAUGAUUCGCGACACGUUCACCAACCGCGGUCAGGGCUUGUUCGCAACUCGGAACUUACCAACAGAUCACAGGAUUAUUAAUGGAGAAGACGCAGUACUUUCCGGACAUCCUCUUUCGCUGAGACCAAAGUGGAACGAUUUGACUCAUCGCAAGCGCGACGAGCUGAAACAAAUCUUUAGGAACUUGCGAGCAAUACCGACUGAGGGGACGUUGUCGAGCAGGCCUAUGGAUAUGGAUCAUGUUAGACUCCUCGAGAAUUUCAGGCAGGAAUACGGCUUCCAGGAUCCCCAAGGCCGAAGAUGUCAUUUUUACAAAACGGCUUGUUUUAUCAACCAUGCUUGUGGCAAAUGCGCCCAAGCGUCUUUCCAAAUUGAUGGCGAGUGGCCCUAUCGCAUCAACGUAAAGCUGAACGAACCUGUCAGGGCAGACGAAGAGAUAUUCAUCCACUAUGGCAAGAAAAAACUCCCCUAUGGUUGUGCAGUUUGUACCAAAAAGGAAACCACAUCAUUCGGCGGAAGAUUGAUGAACAAGCUUCGGAAAUUGUUACGCAGAAACCGUGAAGAGUGA